AUGGGUAGCCUUUACCAGAAUGUGUUUAGAGGUUGGUGUUUUUCUUCUAACUCUUCUUACCACAGGGGAGGAAGAAUUGUAGUUGCCUGGAAUCCUAUGAGUUUUCAGGUUGAUAUUAUGUUCAUUUCUAGUCAGCUUAUGCAUUGUUACAUAACUGGACCUGCUGGUAGAAAAUUCUUUUGUACAUUCUUAUAUGCAUUUAAUGAUGCACAUGGAAGAAGGGAAGCUUGGGAGGAUUUAGAGAAGCUGGUGGGUUUGUGUAAGGGUCCUUGGAUUAUUCUAGGGGACUUUAACUGUGUGAUGAGUAAUGAAGAGAGAAUAGGUGCUAGGGUGAGACAACAGGAUAUGGAAGACUUAAGGAGAUGUAUGGCUCAGUGUGGGAUGCAGGACUUAACUAGCACUGGAAAUUUAUUCACCUGGAAUAAUAAACAAGAAGGUGAUUGUAGGGUGUACUCUAAGUUGGAUAGGGCUAUGGUGAAUGAUGAUUGGUAUAGGAUGUUUCCUACAUCAGCAGCACACUUUAUGCCUAAGGGUUUGUUUGAUCACUCGCCUAUUGUAGUCAAUGUUUACCCUGCUAGGGAAAACAAUAGAAGGCCUUUCAAAUACUUUACAAUGUGGAGCUUAGCUAGCAGCUUUUCCCAGCUUAUUCAAGAAGGGUGGAAUCAAGAUGUUCAAGGUACUCCUAUGUAUAAAGUUGUGAAGAAGAUAAAAGAGGUGAAGCUGAGACUGAAAAAGCUGAAUCAGGAGGGCUUUUCUGAUAUAGAAAGUCAAGAUAUCAAGGCUGCAAGGUACUUGCAGGAGUGCCAAGAGCAACUUAAGGAAAAUCCAGGUGAUAAGGCUCUUAGUGAGGCUGAAAGGAAGGCUAGUGUUGAGUACAGAAGUAAGCAUCAACAGUACAUGUCUUUUCUAGCUCAGAAGGCAAAGCUGGCUUGGUGUAAAGAUGGGGAUGAAAAUUCUUCUUUAUUUCAUAAUGCCAUUAAAGCUAGAAGGCUUCAAAAUACUGUUUAUGCAAUCAAUAACAGUAGGGGGGAAUGGCAGGAAGGGGUUUAG